UGUUAAACUUUUUAACAGAUUAAUACCUACAUAAAUCAGCUUUUAGUUUCGAGGACUGUGCUGAUAAUAACUUACUUCUCUUCUUUUUCUGGCGUCGACGUGAAGCUCCACAGAAUCAGGAAGUCCGGGGAUUUUUUUUUUCUGAAACAGAAAAGCUGAAUGGACAGUGGAUACGCCACUUUUAAAGGAUAAAUUAUGACGAGCUACAUUUGUUAUCGCCUAUAGUUAAUUUAUCCAUGUCUUUUAUGUCAUUUUUACUGUCUUAUUGACUCAUAAAAGUCGGUAUUUGUGACCCGGAACACCUGGAUUUUCACUUUUCGGGGUGAGAGGGAUGGAUGUUCCUCAGCUCACCGAGGAUGAAAUGGCAGAGAUUAAAAAAGACGUCCUGAUAAGACUGCGGCACUACCUCUGUGACAAGAUCCGAGCCGAGCGCCACGUGGACUACCUGCGCUCCCGCCGCAUCCUGUCCCGGGACGAUGCGGAGGACAUCUGCUGCAGGUCCAUCCAGACCAAGAGGACGGGCACGCUGCUGGACACGCUGGCGGAGAACCCGCGGGGCCUGGACGCCCUCAUCGAGUCCAUCAGGGAGUCCCGCACACAGAACUUCAUCAUCACCAAGAUCACAGACGAGGUGCAGAAGGCCAAAAACGAGAAGAUCGAGUCCCUCAGAGCAGCGGCGGCCUCCAGCUCCUCGUCUGACAGCAGCCUCAGCACCCCCACCACCACCACCACCGACCUCCCCUCCACCUUCUCCAGCAACUCCACCCUGCUCUUCCACCCGGACGGAGAACGCAGCCCGUCCUCUUCAGACGUAGCGGGCUCGCUCAACCUGCCGUCGUUACAGAAAGGAGGAGACGUGCUCUCUGUGGGCGGAGCCAGCAUCAGCACCACCUCCUCCAGCCUCCCGAGGCCCGGAGAACCCGGAGCUCCUCCGCUGCCGGACGAGGUGAUGGUCGAAUCCCCGUCCAACAUGGACGCUGGCACCCCGGGGUGCACCAGCAGCGGAGGAGACCCAAACUUCCAGCCGCUGAGGUCACGCUCUCUCACUCCGACAUCACACAGCAUCUUUUAAUUUACAUCACCAGAAGACACUUUUCAUGCAGAAAAAAAAAGGGACGAGCCAGCAGAAUCAGCAGCCACUCAUAUACAGUCAUGG